GUAAGAAGUGGUGCUGCCAAGGGUAAUGGCACACGCACCUGUAAGGUUGCGAAAUGAGAAAGUGGUUUAAAGAAUCCUCUCCUUCCGGUUUCUGACAUUCCUCCCUUCUUUCUUAUUCACUCCAAACUGAAAAAUAAUAAAAGAAAAUCAAUCUUUUUUUUCUUCUUUCCCAAACUUAAUCUUUUGUAUCUUUGAUACUGUCCAUUCUUUGAAUUUCUUCUCAAUCAACCCUUAAUAUCAAAAUGCGUUACCAAUUCGUCUCCGCCGCCAUCUUGGCCUCCAUCUCCUCCGUCUUUGCCCAAACUGCUGGCUUUGACGCUAUCUCAGUUCCAACCAACGGUCAAGUUGUUCAAGUUGGAGAUGUUUUGGAUAUCACCUGGGCUCCUAACUCCGUCUCCGGAACUGUCACCAUCAAGCUCUUGGAGGGUGCUUCCCCAGCUACCUUGAACUACGACCCUGUCGUCGUUGCCACCUCCGUCAACAACUUGGAUGGAUCAUACAAGUGGACCAUCCCAGCUUCCGUUGGUAGCUUCGCAACAUACGGUAUUGCCAUCUUCCUCGAUUCCGAUGUCAACACCUUCCAGUGGUCCUUCCCAUUCGUCAUUAACGCUGCUGCUUCCUCUUCUUCCUCCGUCAUCGUUUCCACCACCGCCUCAUCAUCUGUUGUCGCUCCUACCUCUGCCGUAACCUCUGUUGUCGUCUCUGCUACCUCCGAGCCACACGCCGCCAUGUCCUCCUCCACCAGCUCUGUCUUCUCUAGCAUCUCUGGUAUCCCAGGUGGAUGCAACCCAGCACACCCAGGAUCCUGCCCAAGCUCCUCCACCAGCUCUGUCUUCUCUAGCAUCUCUGGUAUCCCAGGUGGAUGCAACCCAGCACACCCAGGAUCCUGCCCAAGCUCCUACUUCAGCACUGUCACCACUGCUACCGCCACCCCAGCUCCAGUUCCAACCGUUGUCCCAGCUACCAAUGGAACCGCUUCCAACGGAACCUGGACUGCUCCUUCUGGAUCUAACGUCACCUUGAGCGCCGGUGCUUCUGCUACCAAGACCGGCUCCGGUGUUGUUACCGCUACUGGCGCUGCUUCAGCAAAGGUUGCUACUGGAUCCUUCGCCAUGUUGGGUGGUCUUUUUGCUGCUUUCAUGUUGUAAAUCAUUUCUCUUCGUACCGUUAAGAUUUGAGAUAUAAUAGAUAAUACCAUGAUAGAUACAAUUAUUUUCAUUGGAAUUAUAAAAAUACAAAGGACAUACAAAACGCAUUGCGCGGCGCUAGACAGCAACACAUAUUUCAUUGAGUUUGGUUUGGGUGCGGAUUUCAAGCUUCUGGUUACAUAGGAUUAUAGGGUCCACAAAUGUUAUGAUAAACUUCUUCUACAUACCCAUCGCAAGUUUUAAGAAUACCCCGUGUUAUUUGGUUAAUGAUGGAUUGGCUUUGAGGGGCAUUGUUGCAGUGGUUUGGCUUUUAGAAUGAGGAAUGAAGUCAGCAUUUUUGAUUUUAUA